CUUGUUUACUGAUGAGCAUCACAGCUAAGCUAACUUUAAUUUUGUGAUUGUCUUAGUUUUGUAAGAUGGCAGAUCCAAAGGCACAAAAUAUGAGCUCAAUUCCAAUAGAUGGCUUUAGUAAUUUACGAAUUACAUCAAUAUGGACGUUCCUCUUGUCUGUGCAGUGGUCGGAGCCCUGGCUCAUAGGGUUGGUUAGUUUUCAUUUUGUGUGUUUAUUUGUGACUCUGGUGACAUGCAAAUUCUACAAAGCACAGAUUUGUCACUUCUUGCUCAUGGCCGGCUUAGUGUACAGUGCAGAGUAUUUGAACGAGUUGGCAGCCAUGAACUGGAGGUCUUUUUCUAAUUUCCAAUACUUUGAUUCCAAGGGCAUGUUCAUAUCUUUGGUAUUUUCCAUUCCUCUUUUGAUGAACACAGUCAUUAUCGUUAUGGUGUGGGUCUACAGGACAUUUUCCACCAUGACGGAGCUGAAAACACUGCAGCUUAAAAAGAAGAUGCACAGGCAGAAGCGUGAGAAGACUGACUGACCCAUUUAUUUCCUAAAAUUGAUUUUAACAAAACAAAUCCUUAAUCCUAAUCCCAAAUGUUGGAAUGAAGAAAUGUUUUUGGUUACUGCCAAAGGACGAGAGAGCAUCAAAGGGCCAUAUGGGGGCAUUUUUGUAUAUGCUGUUUGUAACCAUGUGUUUUAUUGAAACUUGAAAGGACAUUAAACUUUUUGAGAGCCAUUGUUUAUAUCUUAUUUUGUAUGGAUUUUUAUUGUCUCAAAAAAGUCAGUAUAAUAUUCACUCUGAUAAUAGUUGGAUAGCAGUAAGUGGUGUAAUUUGAAAAUUUGGGCUGAUCAUGGGUUUUCCCCUUGUGCUAUUAAUGAAAAUAAACCAAUUAUAAACAGCCAAAGCCAGCUGGAGUUUAAUCACAAAAUACCGUGCCACUUAAUUAGGGUAAUACCAUUCAAAUCAACUUCACAUUCCAAAAUGAGAGCAACCGUCUGACCACUUCCAGCGGUCACAAGUCCUGUGACUUGUCGUGGGGCCAGCCUGAGGGGGUCUUUCUGCCAGCCAGUCUGCAGAAGGUACCACUGUCAGUAGCAGCUUAAACCAGCAGACCACUUAACCUCUCUGUAGAGCACCCCACCUGUCACUAUAAAGCUUAGGAGGCUGUUACUUUGUCAGAUUUAUUCCCAGUGGAAAAAUAUCCAGAACAUUACAGAAGAUUGAUCUGUCAUGCAGAUUACACUAUGUUUUUGGUACAUACUGUGCGCAGGCGGAAAGGGGAAGUUACAUUUUGCCUUGAGCACCCCAAAUCACAUGUUUAAUUAUUUUAUGAUUUUGGUAUCUAGUGGUUAAAUAGCAAAAUUGCAUCCACAAAAACCUUAUUU